AAAUAAACCUCUUUUCACUAACUUUAUUUUUUCUCUCUCUAUCCACAAAGCCAAACCAAACCCUAAAUAUACUCCGACUCUAUUCAAAGUUUGCCACACCUAUCUGCAUUGCAUGGUCUUUUGCUCAUCUCCUCUCCUCUCAUUGUUCUUUUCUCCACCUUCCACUCACCUUUCAUAACCCUCUCUGUCCACAAACCAAAAUAGGCAACCAAAAGAGACAAACAUACACACGGAGAGAUACAGCUACACACCGCACGCAUAUAGUGUGAUUCAAGAAAGAGAUCCAAUAAAUUACGUGGAUUCUAAUGGCUGUUGAAGCUCGCCAUCUCAAUCUAUUUCCUCCAAAGAUUCUCAGCAAUAGAGAAACGGCGAUGAAUAGUAUUGAAGGCAUUGGCAAUGUAAAUAUGUAUGGAACUCCAUUAGGAUACGGAGUGGUGAUGCCACAAUCUGGGACAACGACGGCAACGGAGAAUUUUGUGCCGAUGUACAGUUCGACUGUUACGGAUUCUAUUCCGGCGAAGACAGCUCCGAUGAAAUCAGACAGUGGUCUCAGUUAUGCUCUUCCGGUAUCAAGAAAGCGAUCAAGUGAUGCAAUGAAUCCUCUGCUUUCUUCAUUCCCUGUGGUUCAGAAUCAGAAUGCAAAUUACCGUUGUGGUUCUUUCACUUUCCUCGGUGAAGAUAUUUCGUUUCAGUUCCAACAGCAACAGUUAGAAAUCGAUCGCUUCAUUGCUCAACAGACUGAGAAAGUAAGGAUGGAAAUGGAAGAGAGACGAAAGAGAUAUUCGCGGAGAAUCGCGGCAGCUGUUGAAGGCAACAUAAUGAAAAAACUAAAGGCACAAGAAGAUGAAAUUGACAAAAUUGGGAAAUUAAACUGGGCGUUGGAAGAGAGAGUGAAGUCCCUGUGCGUAGAGAACCAAAUAUGGAGAGAUUUAGCACAAACAAAUGAAGCCACCGCAAACACUUUAAGAUGCAAUCUCGAGCAAGUUCUCGCUCAAGUCCAAGUCGAUCAAAACCAGCGCAACUGCGCCGACGAGGCAUUAACCGAUGACGCUCAAUCUUGCUGCGGCAGCAAUUUCGAAGAAAUCGAGCGACAAACAUUAGCGCAGUGCACAGCAACCAAUGCGCACGGCACCAAUUGCAAUGACGGGUUCAUUGGCAAUAUUGGGGACAAUAAAGCAUGGAAGACCUGCAGUUACAGUAAUAGCAGCACGAACAGAUUGUGCAGGAACUGUGGAAAAGAGGAGUCAUCUGUGUUGCUUUUGCCUUGCAGGCAUCUCUGCCUCUGUACUGUUUGCGGAUCAUCCCUCCAUACCUGCCCCGUCUGUAACUCCUCCAAAACCGCUAGUCUUAAUGUAAACUUACCCUCUUGAAUUUCUGUUAAUCCUUCAUAAAUCGGAAAAAAAAUCAUCGAAAUUGGAUAAAUUCUUGUUCAUUA